AUGAAUAUCCCAGCUUCAGAAUCAGAAGUUCAGAAAUCUCAUGAAGAAAGAUAUAAAAAUUAUGUCUCAGAAUCAACACAAAAUUUAUUAGAUGGUGAAAUAGACGAAACACUUUCAGAAGAAGGUACUAAAUUUAUUCGUAAACAUAAGUUACAAUUUAUUGAUAAUGAAGGAUACCCCUGUAUCCUACUUUCACCACCUUUAGAUUCUGAGAAAUUCAAAAAAGCUCUUAAAAACGUGACAUAUGCAACUAAUACGAUUAAGAAAGAAGAUCAUGAUAUUUACACAAAUUAUUAUUUAAAUAAAUGCACAGGUGUUGAUAAAGUUUUUGAUUUAUUAGAUAAAAUAUCAAAAGAAACCAUUGGAACAUAUAAAAUUUUGUGUGAUUGCGGUUUCAUUAUUGAAGAUACCAAUAAUGUUUCAUAUGAAAGAACAGCACCGAAGGAAGAUGAAGUUGAAAGGUCUAUACCAUUCGUUAUUAAGAAUAUAAAAGAUAUGAAAACGUAUAAGCAUUAUAUUUAUUCAUUUAUUUCAGAAAAAAUGGAAGCAACCCAUAAAACAUCUUCUCAUCAUUUUAUAGCUAUUCAUGCAUUCCUUUUCAAAGUUGUGAAAUUAAAUAAGACAGGAAUUAGAUUUAAUGUAUCAGGGUACGCAUUCUUGAGUAAAUUAAAAUGUAUUCGUCACGUCGCAGAUGAUAAAAAUUUAUGUGUUCUUAAUUCAUUUUAUGGGCUUUAA